GUUGUACUAGUAUAUACUUUUAUGAGUCCUUACUUCCGUUUAGUAGGUUGGAAUAUAUGUACAGUAUUUAAAUUCUUUUUUCUUAUGAUUCAAUUAAGGUAAUCUUGAUAUUUUUUAAAGAAAUUGCAAAUAUUUGAGAUAAGAUCAAUAUCGCUAUAUAUAUUCAUGCAAGAUGUUUUGAAUGGAUAGAAAAAAACAUGAAUUCGAAUGCUGGUGAUACUUUUUUUGACGAUGAUGAAGUUGUAUUUGAGUUUGAUUUCUGCAUUGUGUGUUUGUAGCUGUGGGAUUCUGUUGUACAGCUCACUAAAUCUUUGAGUGAAAAUUUAUAUUUGUUCAAUUAUCCAAUAAGACACAAUGGUAAUAUUUCUGAAGAUUCUACGUGUCUUUCUGCCCGAAUAAAGCCCAAACAGCAAAGGGUGGAAUUAGAAUUUGGCAUUGACAUCAACGCAGGCAAUUAUGACACCAGCAGAGGUGAGCAGAUAGCUUACAAUGUCGAUGGCCAGAACUCGAAUGGGGAAUGCUAUUUUAACAGUGGCAUCAUGGAUAAAAAAUUGUUGGUCGGAACAAAGGUUCUUGAUUCUGAUUAUAAUUAUGCUCUUGGUUUUAUGAGAAAAGGUGAACUGCACUUAACAUCAUUACAUUCCAUCAUAGAAGUGAAUCCUGGUUAUAUCCACAUGGAUAAGUUUGAUACUUCAACUAAAAAGACUUUAAAUCCUGAUGAAAAUGAAGGUGAAGAGGAGGAAGCAGUUGCUGUGACGAUGCGUUUUGAGGGGCCCAAUGCGGAGAGAGAUCGGCAGAUCAGACAGAAAUCUUACCAGUACUUCCAACAGAAGAAUGCCGGUGAACCGUGGGUUAAUCUCAACUAUCACAAGCAUGGGUCUAUUCGUUCUGCAGCAGAAUGUGAAAAACUUAUCUGUGCUCAAGUUCAUCAAGAUAAUGCAAGCACUGUUGUUGAUAAAGAGGAUUACCUGAAAGAACUUGUGCCUGAAUGUCUUCGUCUUUCUGGAUGUCAAACAUCAAAAGACGAGGAUGCAGCUGUCUUGAUAGACAAACCUCUCUCAGAUCAAAUAAGACAUCUGAUGAUAAAUGCUCAUUUAUUGACAUUCUCAAUGUUGGCUGAGAAACUUCCUCACAAUGUAGACACAUUAUCAAUUGAAAGGCUUCUGCAACAAGUUGGUGUGUUGGUUCAAGGGUGUUGGGCCGUGAAAAGUGAAUUACUUUAUGCUGAAAAUACUGUCAGUCCAUAUACUGGAAUGAGUGCAAAACAGUUAAUUAAUGCCAGAGACUAUAUACUGUGGUUAUUUACAAAAACUAGAUUUGUUACUCGUCAAGACAUUUUGUCUGCCAUUCGAAUCUUAGAUGAUGACUUUAAAGCUAUUAUGCUCCCUUUAGCAAAUAAGACUAACCGUGGUUGGGAAUUUAAGUUUCCUACAGAUAAGGAAUUUCUUGAAAAUCAUCCAUCAAUUCAACAAAGUCAAGACAUAAAAUGGAAUCUUAGGUAUAAUAAACUUGUAAAGGAUUUGAAGAUGUUUGAACAUGAAGAAGAUCCGCUCCGCCCGAGGCAGAAGAGGCACUCUCACAGCUCGGUGAGCGAAGGAGACGAGAGUGGCACGGACAGCGGCGCCCCAAAGGACAAAGGCAGGAGAGCUCACGGCUCCAAGAAGCGCACCGCCCUCAGCCCCACCAAGUCGUCUGCGUCCAAACCGAGGCUAGCCACGCUCGACAUCUCGCCCACAUACCUAGAGAGUUCGCCUCCCGAGGGCCUCAGGCAGGAGCUACGUGAGCUGGUUGGUGGGGCCCUUCGACAACAUUUCUGCAUGACCUUGAGCGAGAUUAAGGAGUUUUUGCUUGAGAGUCCCCUCAGCUCUGUCGUUGGACGGACGGAUUUCGAGAGCCUGCUAGAUGAAGCGCUGGUCGAGUACGGGGCUCAAAAACUGAAAAAUAAGUGGCCACAAAAUACCCUACCAGAAAGUCUGUAUGCUUUUGCAAAAUUUGGCAAUAAAUUAGAUCGUUAUCGAGCUGCUCUCUUGGAUUUGUUUUCCACCACUGCUAGAACGAGAGCUAACCUUUUUGUGAAAAAAGUUGAAGAUGAACUUAGAGAAAGAAUUUCUGAAGCUGAUUGCCGGCAAAUAUUUGAAGAAUACUGUGUCUACAAAUCUGGAUUUUACUAUCUCAAAGGCACAGUAACUCUGGAAUCCUAAAGUCAGAGUAUUGUACUGUCAUAUAUUUUGUAAAUAAAAGUUCCAACUUAAAAAGUU